CAGUGAAGCGCAUGGGCCACGGUGUGAGCGAGUCCCCCUCCCAUCCUCCGCUUACUGCGAAGCGCCUCUGUACUCCUGCGCUCUCACUCAUGACGUAUUUACUGACAGCACUGUGAGAGUUUUCACACAAGUCCUCCAGCAGCUCGGUAAUGCACCUCUGGUCAGAUAAACCGCCUUUUUCGCCUCAGAGACUGCUCCUUACCUCUCCUCGCCUCCUCAGCUAACCAGAAACCCCGGCGUUUGGAGUGCGCAACGCGCGCGCCUUUCCAAAAGACUUUCGUUUGCCCCACUAUAAGGACUAGUGAGUCUGCGCUAUGGGACCAGGGUAUGUCCGAGAGCUGGUGCUCUGGUCUCUGCUUGCAUGCUUGGCUUGGUUCAGCGUUGACCUCGCCGGCGCAGAUGGUCGUGUCUUUCUGCUAGAGUCGAGAAAUGGUUCAGACAUAGGCUUUGAGGCAGCUUCAAGUGCAUGUGGAGAUCAAGGUGCUCGGAUGGCAUCAGCUAUGGAGCUUCGUCAUGUCGUCGUUGAGUGUUCAUUCUCUGCCUGUGCACGUGGUUGGCUUACCGGUCCCAGUAUUGGGACAACAGUGUGCAGGAGUGUCUCUGGGAGCUUACGGGCAGUGGACAUGCAGGUGCAGAAUGUGACUGAGACGUAUGAGAGACUGGCUGUGUUCUGUGUGAAAGACACUGGGGCUCCUUGCGGAGGUCCACCCUCAUUUCCCAAUACACAUCUGCAAGGACAGACAGGCCUGGAGCUGGGUGACGAGCUUUUGUAUGCUUGCAACCCAGGAUACAUUCUGCCCAAUGGUGAGACAGCUUUCAGCCUGUUGUGUGACAGCUGUGGAGAGUGGUAUGGCUUGGUGCAACUUUGUGUAAAAGAUAAAGCUGAGGCCUUUAUUGACUAUGAGGACAAGCUUCCAGAUGACCAUCAUCUCUAUGAUGGCCUGGAGGACGUGCAUCGUGUGAGUAUGAUGCCUAGGCCUACUGAUCAUGGAGAGGAGGAAGAGUCUACACCUGAACCAGACCAUUUAGAGCCAGUCGUGCCAGUGAAAGCAAUAGACAAGAUAGAGAAAAACUCUGCAGUGUCUGUAACAGAGCCUCCCGUAUCUCAACUCAGCCAGAAACACAUGUUCUGGUUCCCCUCAGAGGCUUUCCAGGAAGAGGAGCAUCCUCUUAUCACCACAGGUACACCUAUUAAAGACCCCACCAAAGAUGAGAAUUACAUCUUAGUCAAAGCUGGUGAAGACCAGUCAGAGCCUGAGAUAACUACAGAGGAUCGUGAUGGUGGAUAUAUCAGCCAGCCUCCAACUGACAAACCUGCCAGUCACAGUGUUGGGGGUACAGUGGAGUCUUGGCUUGAUGGAUAUCCUGUUCACCAAGAGGAGGAGAAAACAGGUGGAGAAUCUACAGGAGAGACAGUACAAGGGCAGGGAGUGGACAUGGAGCGUGUGACAGACAGUUUAAAGGUGGAUGAUUUUAAAAGUGUGACCAACAUCCCAAAAGAGUCAAGUCUAGGAGGUGGUGUCCACAGCCACAAAGAGGAACCAGUUGAAGGUGUGUUUGAGAUACCUGAAGAGCAAGAGUUUAGUAAAGUGACUGAUCAUCAAGAUGUGGGGGUUAAGAAUGGAACUGGAAUCCUUGGGGAAAAGAGUUUUGGGGAAGUGUUUUACAACCAAGAGGAAGAGUCUCACAGUGUGACUGACAUACCUCAAGCAGAGGUUUCUGAUGUAGUGCCUGUUCUUUCAGAAGAAACAUAUACUUUUACAGAAACACCAGCAGUGGAGGAGGUGGAAAGAGAAGCCAAGAGUCCAGUGGAAACCGAACAUGGGAAAGUGGAUGAUAGAUCUAAAGAUGCACAAUUCCAUGGUGUAAUUGAAACAGAAAAUGAUGUUGAUUUGAGCCCCACUCCUUUAAUCAGCCACACUCAGAUCUUAGGUGGCCUAGAUGAGACAACUCUGAAAAACACACCCAGCACCGCUCCUGAGAAUGUCAGCACCAGCCAGCAGGGGAUGGGUUUUGAACGCACUGCCACCCCUUCAGGCAUGACACCAAGAGAAACCACGCCUGCUUCACCAGUCCAUGUUAUUAGCAAUGUGGCCACACCCACACUGAGCGUCUCUUGGGAAACCAAAGAUCUUGGCCAUUUUGAGGAUCAGACUCCCGCUGUUGGUGAUGUACUUGUGGAAACCAAUGAAAAUCAGAGUGUGAUGGAAGGCGAUGCGGACCGUAGCCUGGAUCAGCCAGAAGACGAUGGAUCGUGCACUGUACGUCCUUGCCACUUAGCUGGUCAUGGUCCAACUAUUGCUGCUAUCAUUGUUGGCAUUGUAGCAGCAAUUGUGGGUGUGGCCUUGGGUGUAUGGUGUUACAAAAGAAGGCAACAGAAGACCUCUCACUAUCAGCUGAAUGGAACUAACAGACAAACACAAUGCAUCGAACUCCAGCAGACUGUGUAACCUAACACAAAUGGCUUACACAAACGCCAUGUUUGUUUGAACUUUAUAAAGUACAUGCACCUAUAUACAUACUAAUAUACACAAAACGUUUGGGGGUAUUCCUCGUGUCCCUUAAAGUAGAAAUAUCUUACUGGGCAGUGAGAGACGUGUUUUAGUGCUUUGUUAAAACCUGUUUUGUUUUUUCAUUAUUUUUGCAGUGCAGUGUUCGUGUGUUAUUUCUUGUGUUAUACCUGCUUAUAUAUAAUGCCUAAUUAUUUCUUUGUGGAUUUCCUUUCAUUGUGUGGACUGCAUUUGAAAGGCUAUUGAUGUUUGCGUUUGAGACGCUAGAUACUUAUUGGUAUUUGAAUUUUACAGGAUAAUAACGUUUUUCAAAGAAAUUUGUGUGUCACAAUUUUUUUUAGUGCCCCAUCAGUGAAGAAUAUGCUUAUGGACCUGAUAGCAUAUACUGCAUAUUCGACUCUGUUUUUAGAUUCAGAUUCAUUCGACAGUACUUAUACUGUGCAUUGUACUUUUACAGCACCUCUAGCAAAUAUCAAUCACAUACAUGUGAGCAAUAGACAUUAUAUAAAUGACAAGAAUAAUAAUUCAUUAGGAAGUCUUUGAAAUCUGUAAUUAUAAUUUGCUAAAGUCAACAAAGGCAGAUUUUGUCUGAAAAACAUUAUUUAUAAGAGACAGCAUUGGCAGAAAGGCCAGGAGUACAAGUAACAGAGGUAAUCGAUACAGGAAAACAGGAAAAAGCAACCACAAAGACGUACAAUAAGUAGCCAAGAUCUCAAAUAACUGAGGGAAUAGGAUUGGAAUUGCUCUUUACAGCUGCAAAUUGCAAAGUACUAUGAUGAACUUUGGAAGUAAAUAUCUGAACCUUAAUGAUUCCAUUAAAAAAAGGAGAUAUAGAAAGUGUGAAGCCGUAACAGAAGCAGAGCAAGAGAGGACCAAUCAGCUCUAGAGCAAUCAGUGUUGGGUCUCCUAUAGUGUGGAGACUCUGUGACAGUUUUAUAUUUAGCUUGAAGGGUAGAUGAGGUAUUUUUGUUGGUGCCGCAAAUGUGGAGGUGACUAAUUUAAACCUUUUGAGUGUAACAAAUGCCUUAGUGUUUUAUUGUUGUUGUCUAGCACUUUGACACAGACUGAUUUCUUCGUCAGUUCUUUGUAGUUAACCAGAGUAUGAUAUAUUGUAGAGCUUUUCUCAUUUUAUAAUUAACCAGAGUGAAGUGGGCAUGUUAGAUAGAUAGAUAGUUAGAUAGAUAGGUAUCAUCCGUUCUGUUGUUUCAAGUGGUCUGAUAGCCAUCUUCAAAAUUCUCAUGCUAAUGUUUACUAAGUAAAAGCAGCCACCCAUACACUUCCAUAGAUACUUAUUAUUAAAGUUAAAAAAAAUAUCAUUAUCAAGAAUAUCCAGUGAAGCUGGGGUAAAUAACACAGUGUUAAAUAGUGUGACUAUUUUAUUUGGCUGAAAUUGAAAAUUAUAGUGUUUUCAAUUAAGAAGUUAGACUUGUUUGAUAAAGAUAUUUGAUGGUCAGUUUUACUGGCCCAAUGUUUGAAUGUCAAUUAAGUUUAAUGUUAUAAAUUGCAUUCAUAUAACUGUGAAUGUUAUUUUAAGUUUCUCUUUAAUAAUUAAGAAAUUAUUUUAAUUUCACUACAUCCCAAUUCACAUUAUUUUUUACUAAGAAGUAGGAUGCCAGGGAGAUUUAAUUUUUAGACACAUAAUUUUCCAAAUAUUACUUUUUUAUACUCAUUGUGGUUCUUUGUUCAAUAAUCACAAACCUGUACAUGUCCUCAAAACACAAAACAUCGCCAGUGCUAAAACUAUUAUGUGCCGAAUACCAUGACAUGAAGCCUUUCAUUUCUUCACAAGGUACUGUAAUUUAACAAAUGUGAUUUUUCAGAGCUGAGAUCAACUUGCCUGUGAAUAUCGUUCAGUGUUAUGUACCAGUUUCAAGCUCUCUUCAUUUGCACAACAGCUCCAUUUGUACACUAAGUACCUGUAGACUAAGUACCUAACACUUCUCUGUGACUAGUCUCCCAGCACGGUACUAGUAAUACUGUUGAAAGUGAUGCUUCUGUAAUUGAGUACAUGGGCAUGUUAUCCGAUAUCACUGUAUAAGUGUUUAAGCUAAAAUGAAUUUAUAGUCUGCAGGUGUAACAGGCUUAUAGUUUUUGUCCCUGCUAUUUUUAUUUGCCUACGACAUAAUAUACCCUGUUACACGAUUUGAUCAAUACCAUUUAUUUUUAGGUUUAUGUGGUGUAUCAGAGUACUGCAUAUUUGAUCGACGUUUAAUAUGUCUUCAGAGACAGGCUCUAAGCUUUGUGGCAUAUGUCUGCUGCACACUUGUGUGAUAAACUAACUGAACAAUCACAAAUAAAAUCCACUUGAUUAAU